AUGUUUACACGCUUGAAAAAUGCUCCCGCCAUUUCAGAUCCUGACGAUGAGGAUACUCAACGCAAUUGGCGACAGGAGGCUGAGACCUGGUAUUCCGACUUGACAUAUAUCUUGGAUGAAAAACAAUUGGAGAUUCCUGACCAUUCAGAGGGGGAGCUUCAGUGCCAGCAGAUCAUACGAAAGAUGGUAGACAAAUUGGCUCUCCAACCGCAAGAUUACCUAGGCGUAUGUGAGCGUUUAGGCAUUGAGCCGCAACUGCCGCAGCUUCGCAACACACCGGUGACAACCAUUCUGAACCCUAUGCAAGUCACGGCUGUAUAUUUCAUAUAUAGGAAGUAUCAAGAGGGUGCUCGGGGUAUACUACGUCUUGGAGAGUAAGAAAUCUGGACAUUGCUCUGUAUGAUACCUGGUCGUUAGCUCUGUACACACCUCUCUUAGAAUAAAAUUAUUCUAAAAGCGCCGACAACUAAAAUAGUCAUAUAAAGAGCUUACAAUAAUUGGUAACUCUUACUUCUUAUUGGCCUAGGUAUCCUAAGACGAUUAUUUUGCUUGUACUACAAGAUUAGUAUAAUAGACUUUUGUAUAGUGUAUAUAGAAUAAGGACUGUAUCUCUUAUAUACUAUUUAAAGUUAUUAUACUAAAAGUCUAGUACAACUUUAUUAAUUGUCAUAUUUUACCUCAAUUAAUAAGGAGUGAAAAGUAUUAAUUGUUCUAAACUAUUCGUAUAAUUGAUUUGGUUGAUAAGCUCUUUAGGAUAAUAUUUUUAUAACUUAGGGGUGUACGGAGUAAUGCCCGCCUCUCUUGCUUCUCCAGGACUGUGCAACUCCAAGACCGCAAUCCUACAGUGAGACCAAACAUUACGCAGUAGCUAAACUCGAAUGGCGACUCAAGAAGCCUGGAUCUACUUGCUAUGAAUACGAUUGGUCUUUGAAAACAGACCACAAUACAAUAUCUGGUGUAGAUUUGGUCACUGAAAACUUGUAUAAAUUUCAUGUCAUCAACUAAUUUUUCCAGUUUCUCAGCAGUAGUAUUACAAUUACAUGUACUCCAUUUAAGACCUACUUUCGAGGUGGGAGUCAAUUAACAACCAUCAAGUUCGGAGCAGGUGGUGCUCUCAAUGCCGCAGGAAGUCGACCAAUUGAUGAACUCAUCUCUAAUCUACCUGGAAAUGACCAUCCCAAUUUCGCGAACCUCCAGAAAACUCUCAACGGUAUCAAGAACAUAUUCAGUCCAAAUUCAGGCACUCAAUCUAUGAACUACCACAAACGUUCAUGUCGUUUCUUUUUUCUAGAAGUUUAA